UUAAAGUUCUCGAAGAGGAAGAAGAAGAAGAUGAGUUGUUCUUAUCUGAUUUCUGGUGACGCUUCCGUCGUUACUUCGCGGCGGUGGAGUGAUGUUUCUUCCCAGCAGCGUUUAUUUCUCCCACGGCAAUUACUCCGGCAACCACCGGUUUCUUCGUUUUCCAGAUUUGUCCGAUUAGUCGCUAAUGUGAAUAAUAAUUUUAGUAAACAAUCGCUCGGAACGAGGAAUUGCUUUGCUUCACUGGGAGUUGAUGACUUCGGCGGAAGUAACGGCAAUAAUGAUAACGGAAAUGGCGGCGGUGGCGGAGGAGACGGCGGUUGGUGGUUUAACGGCGGCGAUAACUCUGAUGACUCUUCUUUAAGUUUGAAAUAUCUCUGCUUUCUUGUAUUAGGAUUGUCUUGCUUCUUCCAUUUCCGAUUAUCAGCUGCUUCCGCCAUAGCUAAAGCUUUAGAUUCGGAUAGUAACGGAGAUACUGAGAAAGAGACGGUUUGGGAAGUGAGAGGAAGUAAAAGGAAGAGACUAGUUCCAGAUUUCGUCAAAGAUGAGUUCGUCUCUGAAGAAUCUGCUUUCGAAUUAUCAUCUUCUCUAACUCCUGAGAAUCUCCUAGCUCAAUGUAGAAACCUUCUCACUCAAUUCCUUCUUCCUGAAGGUUUCCCCAAUAGUGUCACUUCCGAUUACCUCGAUUACUCUCUCUGGAGAGGUGUUCAAGGAAUUGCUAGUCAAAUCAGCGGCGUUCUUGCCACUCAGUCUUUGCUUUAUGCAGUUGGGUUAGGUAAAGGAGCGAUUCCUACAGCUGCAGCUAUUAAUUGGGUGCUUAAAGAUGGAAUUGGGUAUCUUAGUAAGAUAAUGUUGUCGAAAUACGGACGACAUUUCGAUGUUCAUCCAAAAGGAUGGAGGCUAUUUGCUGAUCUUCUUGAAAACGCUGCUUUUGGUAUGGAGAUGCUUACGCCGGUCUUCCCUCAGUUUUUCGUUAUGAUCGGUGCUGCUGCUGGUGCUGGUCGAUCUGCUGCUGCAUUGAUUCAGGCUGCUACUAGAAGUUGCUUCAAUGCUGGCUUUGCUUCUCAAAGGAACUUUGCUGAGGUAAUUGCCAAAGGUGAAGCUCAAGGAAUGGUGAGCAAGUCAAUGGGUAUCCUGCUAGGAAUAGUGGUUGCCAAUUGCAUAGGCACCUCGACAAGCCUUGCCCUUGCUGCAUUUGGAGUUGUGACAACAAUCCAUAUGUAUACCAAUCUCAAAUCUUACCAAUGUAUCCAACUCCGGACUCUAAACCCAUACCGUGCAAGUUUGGUUUUUAGUGAAUAUCUCAUCAGUGGCCAAGCUCCUCUAAUCAAGGAGGUCAACGAUGAAGAACCGCUCUUCCCAACAGUUCGGUUUUUGAACAUGAAAUCUCCAGAAAAGCUGCAAGAAUUUGUCUUAUCAUCAGAAGCAAAAGCAGCAGCCGCAGACAUAGAGGAACGGCUUCAACUAGGGUCAAAGCUCAGCGAAGUUAUCCACAACAAGGAAGAAGCAAUAGCAUUGUUUGAUCUGUAUCGCAAUGAAGGCUACAUCCUUACAGAACACAGAGGGAGAUUCUGCGUGAUGCUCAAGGAAAGCUCAACUCCACAAGACAUGCUCAGGUCGUUGUUUCAAGUGAACUACCUCUACUGGCUAGAGAAGAAUGCUGGGAUCGAACCUGCAAGCACUUACACAGACUGCAAACCGGGCGGUCGGCUUCACAUUUCUUUAGAUUAUGUGCGACGAGAGUUUGAACACGCCAAAGAAGACAGCGAGUCAGUGGGUUGGGUUACUGAAGGACUGAUAGCUAGACCUCUACCUACCAGAAUCCGUCUAGGUCAUGAUCGUGAACUAUUAUCUUCUCCUUCCAGCUCAUAAACUCAGAGCAAAACCAGGGCCAAUGGUGAUAUAUUAGAUCCCAUUUUACUUUUCGGUAUAGAUUAGAUACAUUGUUCUCUGUUCAUCUGCCAUUGGAAUGUUGUAAGCUUUUUAGAGAUUUACAUGUCUCUCAAGUCAGAAAAUUCGUUAGUUCAGAUCUUAUUCGAUAAUCAGAUGCAUAAAAGUUACAUAUAAAUUCAUUGCGACCUA